GCACCCGGCGUCCUCCCUUUGUUUCCAAUCGACUCUGAAGAAUUUCCACUUUUGAUAGAAAACGUUCCAGAUAUGUACAAGGUUCCGGGUCAAAACGUCUACUUUGUCCCCUACGGAAGCUCCCCAAUGGGUACCCAUCCCGUGUGGACAUCCCCCUCCUCCUCUCCAACCUACCAGCCCUUCCCCGAGUCGCAUUACUAUCCCGGACAACAACCCCAAUACUUUGAGGCAAUGGAUAGCAGCUCCCACCGACUUUACGUAGUACCCGGUGCAGGAUAUGAGCACGACUCGGAGGAUGAAGAGGUACGCCUUCGUGCAUACGCCUCAGAUGGUGACAGACGUUCCCGAAAGGUUAGCCGUGGUUUCUACGGAGCCCAAGAAGCGGGAGGCCCAGCUGCUUACUAUGCCGAGUCGAGUCGCAUCAAGGCGGAGAACAGGGUCAGCAUGCGUCCCCCACCUUCCGUCUCUCCCGCCAACAGCGCCGCGACGGACGAAUCGGGUCGAUCAUCUUCAUAUAGCAGCUCAGGCAGCUCCGCUGCGAGCUUUUUGACUAACUCGUGUUCGAAAGAUGGUUCAACCGAAGAGGAGACCAACUAUGGUGUAACGAUGGCCGAUACAAGGCGGCUGUUGAGGAGUAUCCCCCUCAUUUACGUGACUACCCUGAUGUUGGAGAUGUACUCAAAGCGUCGAGCUCCCACUUCAGCUUGGGCUUUGUGCAUUACUUUGCACAAAGGUCAAUCAUUUGGACUUAUAACUCCUUUAAAGCUGGUCACCAUUUGGUUCCGGUAA